ACAAACUCAACACUCUCUCUUUCAUCAUCCUACAUUUGGCCAUUUGCAUCACGCAAGAAGAAGACUUGAUAUACUAUAUAUUUCUUUAGUACUUACUAGUUACUAGUACUAAUACUACGAGCAGCAGCAAGAGAAACAUAGGAUUACGAGACUUUGAUUCCUUGGUCUUUUUUUAGACCAUAUGGUGUUUCCCUUUAUUGUCCACUCAACCUUUUUAAGCCUCACGCUUACACAAAAUCCUCUUUAGCCCCUUCUUUCUUUCUUUCUUGUUUCCUUUGAGGUUCACUUUGUUAAAAGGGCUUCGCUUUGUUAUCGCCUUCAAUACUUUCUCCUCCGUUUGUGUGUGGGUUGUGGUGGUGGUUUAACUUUCUUUUUGCCUCCUUUAAGACUAUAUAUUCCUUCUUUUAACGACCUUGCUCCUCUUUUUGUCAGAUGUCUUUGGUUCUCUCCUUCAGUUUCAAGCUUCUCUUUGACUACUAUUCCUAUCCUUUUUAAUCCUACAUAAUCUCGUGCCACUCUCAAAGUAAUCUUCCUUUUAUCUUUCAUUGAGCAAGUAUUCACCCUCUGUUUACCCCUCUAGCUCAUAUGGAUCAUCACUCUAUGCUUUGUCCGAUCAAAUAUACCCAACACAAGAAAAUCAUCAGAAAAGUCACUAAACCAUCCAUCAUAAAGCCUAAGAAAACAACGGAAGUCCGUAAAUCUUCCGAGUACAAUCCUACUAUUCCGAGGACUGUACGGAUAUCCGUUACUGACCCGGACGCAACUGACUCUUCAAGUGAUGAAGAAGAGCUUUUUGGACGGAAACGUGUUAAAAGAUACAUCAAUGAAAUUAGUAUUGAGACCCAAUCAAUCGAUGAUGUUAAAACUCUGAGUACUGGCAAGAAGCGAGUAGCUGAAGCGAAGCAAAAGGUGUUGAAGAGGAAGGAAGUGGUGCAGCCACCAGCUCCAGCUGAUGGAACUGUUAGGAAGUUCAGGGGUGUGCGUCAACGACCUUGGGGGAAAUGGGCUGCUGAAAUCAGAGACCCAGCACGUCGCGUGAGGCUCUGGUUAGGUACUUAUGAUACUGCUGAAGAAGCUGCGAUGGUUUAUGACAAUGCUGCUAUUAAGCUCCGUGGACCAGACGCUUUAACCAAUUUCAUCACUCCUCCAGCGAAGGAGAAGCCAGAGGUCAAUGUGGCUUCGAAUUCAGGCUACGAAUCUGGUGAUGAAUCCCACAAUCUUUCUUCUCCCACUUCUGUUUUGCGCUUCAGAACGAGCCAAUCCUGUGAUGAAGCAGAACAACAAAGUGUGUCGGGGUCGGGGUCCGAACCAAUUCUCGAAGAAACAAAAGGGGAAGAAAAUUGCCCAAUAUUGGUGGAAGAAACAAACAGUGAGAAAAACGUCGAACACAUUGAGUGCCAGGGGGAGACACUUAGCAUCAUACCAGACUAUUCAAAUGAGUACUUGCCCAGAGACGUUUCCUUCUUGGACGAUUUCUUCAACUUUGGAGAUGCGGAACAAAGUUUUGCCAAUGAUUUAUUGACGCCAUCCAAAUACGUAUUCUCUUGGGAUUUCACGAAUGAUUCUGUAUUAGACCCUGAGAUUUGCAAAUUUGAUGAUGCAUUUCUAGAGUUGGGUGCAUUAGAAGUUGAUAAUUAUUUCAAAGACAUUGGAGAUUUUUCCAGUGUUGAUGUUUUAAUGGCGUUAUAAUCCAGUUCUCAAGCUCUCAAAAGUGUUCAUUGUCCCCAGAUUGCCAGAGCUAUUGGCAAAUUUUGUGUACCGGCGACAAUGAGGAAUCCACUAAUGCCUUCCUUUCACGAGUAUAUUAGAGUUGUUUGUUUUAGAUUCUCCGUGUAAGUUAACGGAGUGAACAAGUAGUUGUUUUUUAAAUCAAAAAAUGUUUUGAUAAUAAGUAGAGAGGGCCCCUCCUUCUCCAGUGUUUCAAUGUAGUACUAAUGCUUUACCUGGACUAAAUGAUAUGCAUAUGUUUACUGAAAUUUGUGUUCCUCGGGCUUCGACGUGCAUUUAA